UACGUCAUUGAGAAAUGCAGUGCUUGUGAUAUGCUUUAGUUCAGAUUUGGGUCAGUGCCUUCGGUGUACCAAUUAUCACUAUAAACUAAAGCAUCUGUGACUGGUAUUGGGGAAACCUAGUGUGUUUGGAGUUUGUAUUUUCGUCUUCUUCUGAGAACGUGUUGAGUGAUCAAAAGACACCCAACUGUGCUUUAGUGCAGAUAUCACCAUGCCAGUUGCACUUGGAGGUCCUAUGGGUUACACUCCUCCAGAGGGUGGCUGGGGUUGGGUAGUUGUGGUUGGUGCCUUUAUUUCUAUUGGUUUUUCAUAUGCCUUCCCAAAGUCCAUCACCGUGUUCUUCAAAGAGAUUGAAACGAUCUUUCAAGCCAGCAGUAGUCAAGUCUCCUGGAUCUCAUCCAUCAUGCUAGCUGUCAUGUAUGGAGCAGGUCCAAUCAGCAGUAUUCUAGUGAAUAAGUAUGGGAGUCGUCCGAUCAUGAUAGUAGGUGGUUGCCUCUCCGGAACUGGACUCAUUGCUGCAUCUUUCUGCAACACAGUUGGGGGCUUGUAUUUUUUUGUAGGUGUUGUAGGAGGUUUGGGACUCGCAUUCAAUCUCAACCCAGCCCUUACAAUGAUUGGCAAAUACUUCUACAAAAGAAGGCCCAUUGCAAAUGGUAUUGCCAUGGCUGGUAGUCCUGUGUUUCUAUCCACUUUAGCUCCUUUGAACACUUGGUUUUUUGAUCAGUUUGGUUGGAGGGGUAGCUUUCUCAUCCUGGGUGGGCUCCUGUUUAACUGUUGUGUAGCUGGAUCUCUCAUGAGGCCUAUUGGGCCUAAACCCCAACCUGCUGUGAAAGAGGUUGGUGCUAAUGAAGAAAAGAAGAAAGGGAUGCAGAUUAUUAACAGUUUAAUUGAUUUAUCUCUCUUCAAACACCGUGGAUUCCUUUUGUACCUCAUAGGCAAUAUUGUCAUGUUCUUUGGCCUUUUCACUCCAUUAGUAUUUCUUAGUAACUUUGCGAAAAGUAGGUCUAUUCCAAAGGAGAAAGCAGCUUUUUUACUUUCAGUGCUGGCCUUUGUCGAUAUGGUAGUGCGACCAUCUAUGGGGACAGUGGCCAACACCAAGUGGAUACGACCGAGGGUCCAGUAUUUUUUUGCAGCUUCAGUACUAUUUAAUGGUCUGUGCCAUGUCCUUGCACCACUUUCAGUCGAUUAUCUAGGGUUUGUUAUCUAUUCAGUCUUCUUUGGAUUUGGGUUUGGAUGGCUCAGCUCUGUGCUGUUUGAAACCCUAAUGGAUUUAGUGGGAGUACAGCGCUUUUCCAGUGCAGUGGGCCUGGUCACCAUUGUGGAGUGUGGACCAGUGUUAAUUAGCCCUCCAUUGCUGGGAAAAUUUAAUGACAUCUACCAUGACUACAAGUACACAUACAUUACCUGUGGAAUAGUCCUGCUGGUUGCAGGCAUAUUCCUUUUUAUCUUCAUGGGCAUUAACUACAGGCUGCUGGAUAAGGAAGCAAAGGAAGAAGCUAGAAAAUCACAACUAAAAGGAAAAGAGGAGGAAUCCACAAUAGACAUUGCAGACAGAGACACUGUUCCUGCACAACAAGUUAACAGAGAAGCUAAAACAGCAGAAGACACUGUGUGACAUACCCUAUCUAGACAUAAUUGCACAGUUUUGUGGAAAUAUAUGACAUGCCUUUCUGCAUUAUUUUAUUAUUAUUAUUAUUAUUAUUAUUAUUGUGCAAUAUUUCCAUGACUAAAAUAUCACUGAAAGGACACAAGACAAGAUUUUCAAAAAUUAAAAAAAUUUGUAUCAGUCAAAACUAAUCUAACAUAAUUUUUUAAAAGAGCAUUUUAAUAGCCGGCAUUAAAACAAUAUUUUACUUUUCUUUACUUUUUUUGUAUGUAACCUUAAAACUUAUGUUUAUAGCCUCUUGGUAAGGAGGCUGAUUAAUAUGUAAUAUAGAUAAGUAUGUGGACUCCUGACCAUCACACAUAUGUGUGGGCAUUUCCCAUGCUAUUAGCACAAAGGUGAUAACCCAACACUGUAAAUGGAAUUUUUGGAAAAACUGAGCAUAUAUGGAAAAACUGAGCAUAUAUGUUAGUAUGAUGAUGUACCUAUGCACAAAUUGAUGUCCAUGAAGACAUUGUUUGCCCAAGAUUGAAUGGAAGAGCACUAGGAGCCUGCGCAGAGACUAGGCCUCAACCCAAAUGAAGACCUUUGAUUAUUAUCAAUACAGCAAAGGGGGACUGAAUGUAAAAUAUAUGAAUUUAUAAAAUACAUACAGGUGCAAUGGUCACUUGUCCACAAAUGUUUGGCUAUGCAAUAUAUUGUAAUGCUUUGUAGUUACAAACUAACAAAGUUUGAUAGCCAAAGUGUCUCAGAUUUUGAAAGAUAUAUUUAAGGAACAACCAAUCAUGGGCAUUUUGAAAAAUGAAAGCAUUGAUUUUCUGUUUCUCUGCAGUUAUCUCAUGCUUUCAGUUAGUAUCAUAAAGUAAAU